CCGCCUCUUCCUUCUCCUCCUCCUCCUCCUCUUUUCCUUACCCCCCUCCCCCGUCGCCACUGGUUCCUCUUCUGCUCCUUGUGUUGGUUUAUUCUUACAAGAAUCAGAACCAUGUCUGCGGAAAAACGAAAAAUUACAAAACUGACUGCUAGCAGUCCCGGGGAAAUUACGUUUGGGAAACUGCUCACAGGCAACAAGUUUGUUAACCCCGAGCAGAUUGGUUAUGUAGGAUUUGCCAAUCUUCCCAACCAGGUUCACAGGAAAUCUGUGAAGAAGGGUUUUGAGUUUACUCUACUUGUGGUUGGGGAGUCUGGCUUAGGAAAAUCUACUCUGGUCAACAGUUUAUUUCUGGCUGACCUUUACCCCGAGAGACACAUCCCAUCGGCCUCUGAGAAAAUCACUCAGACUGUCAAGAUUGAUGCCUCGACAGUAGAAAUUGAAGAACGUGGAGUGAAGUUGAGGUUAACAGUGGUCGAUACUCCUGGUUUUGGGGAUUCUUUAAACUCCGAAGACUGUUUCACGCCAAUUAUUGAAUAUAUUGAUGAACAAUUUGAGCGCUACCUCCAUGAUGAAAGUGGUCUAAAUAGACGACAUAUCAUUGACAACAGAGUCCACUGUUGCUUCUACUUCAUCAAUCCAUCUAGUCAUGGCCUGAAACCUUUGGAUAUUUCAUUCAUGAAAGCUGUUCACCACAAAGUCAACAUUGUCCCAGUCCUUGCCAAGGCUGACACACUCACCAAAAAAGAAGUCUUGAAUCUAAAGAGAAAAGUAAUAGAACCAUUAAAAACUAUUUUCAUAGUUUUUUUUGAGGGCGUCACUCCCUCCCCUUGUUGCCAAGUGGCUGAUUUCAUUUAUAUUUGCAAUGUGGUUAUUUUACAGGAAGCAGUGCCUUUUGCUGUUGUCGGUUCAAGUGAAUCUUUCGAGGUUAAUGGGAAAAAGGUGCGAGGUCGUCGUUACCCCUGGGGAGUUGUGGAGGUAGAAAACCCCGAUCACUGUGAUUUUAUUAAACUAAGAACAAUGUUGAUGUGGAUGCCUUUCCUGUCACUAACUCCUACCCUUUGCUUCAAACAAGAAAUACAUUAUGAAAACUUCCGAGCUGAGAAGUUAGCCGGUGGUAAAGUAGUUAAACAACGAACCAGUCGAAGUGGUGUGCAACAGCCUGAAGUUACUGAUCGUGAACAAGCUUUAAUGGAGAAGGAGGCUGAGCUCCGUCAGAUGAAAGAGAUGUUGGCCAAAAUGCAGGCAGAAAUGGCAGCUCAGAAAACCGGUAACAGUCCUGUCAGCAACCAUCAGCCAAGACAAAAUGGUGAAGUCAAGUCCCAGAAUGUCUGAUCUGAUUUACUCAGCUCAAUCCAUUCAAACCUUUGACUGAUGCUGAAAAAAAAAAGACUUCUCCCUCCCCCUCUCUCUCUCUCUCUUUCUCUCACUCAAUUCUCUUCUUCCUUUGGAUCAAUUCCACCAAAGAACUGUCAAAUGGUUGUUGGUCAGUGUUUCUUGUUAUUACCAUUUUUUUUUUUGUUCUAUUUCUUGUCUCCCAACAAAACAACUUAUUUCUCCUAAUCCUUGAAUCUUUUUUUUUCUUUUUACUGAUAACAUAUGUAUGUAUAUAUACACACAUACACACAUAUACACAUAUAUAUAGAUAUAUAUUUUGUGCCCUGACCUCCACCACAAAAUAUGCACUGCCAACUCUGGAAAACUUAGACAAACCAAUGUCGCAGCUCGCCCACAUUGAUGACAAAAUCCAUAGACAUUUUUUGAUCAACUUAUUUUGAGAAAAUGGAACCAGAGCAGCCCUUUUUAUUUUUCAACUUACUUUCUCUGUUUCAUGUGUUUGUUUUUAAUCGUAUUGCUUUUAUAAAGGACGGGGGACGGCAGAAUAAGUAAUGUGUUGGACAAAGUACCUCAUGGUAUUUAAGUCCCCUUACCAACUUCAAAUCCUGUCUGGUUGGCUUUUCUUUUGCUCCUUUCAGGGGGUUGAUAAAAAUAAUGUAGUGCCAGUCAUGUGCUGCAAAAAAGAAAAAAAAAAACGAAUGUACUCGACUGUGCCCUUGUGCGCAAUUUAGAAACUGGGACUGGCCUUAAGUAGAAGACUGGAACAAAUGUAGUAGACUUGGUUUGACCUUUCAUCCUCGUACGAAAGGUCACUAAAACAGAAACCAGGAAAUAUACUCAGACUGUAUUGUGUGGGGGAUGGCAGUUUGAAAUCGAUGAAAUGUGUGCCUCUCUUUUCAAAAGUUGGGUCUCCUGCUCACAACGAGAGACCCUAACUAAUUCUAUUACUACAACAACAACUAAUAGUGCAGUUAUCACGACCGCUAUUAAAGGCUGCAAGUUGGAAGAAUCGUCAAUGUCAGAAGAAAAACCUGGUGGUGUUUCCUCCAGUUUUUUUUUUUUUUUUACAUUCUGUGUUCCGAUCCCAA